UCUUGUUGUUAUAGUCGCCAUAAAGAUGACCUACUUAAAAUAAUGGCCAAAGUAGCGAGUGCUUUCGAUGGAUUACCAUUGUCAGGGAAAUGGGUAUGGAAAGACGACCCAGAGCAUCCUAGUUUGGAAUUUGUCAGCAAUAAUCCCAAUGCUGACAAACAUGAGAAGAAAAGAAGAGCAAAAGGGCAUGAUGCUAAAGGAAGAUCAGACAGGGCAGCUUCAGGUCUACAGAGAGUACGAGGUGCAGCAUCUGUCCUCAACACCCAAAGCUUCAAACGGACUGGUAAAAAAGAUCCAACCCAACAUUCACAUGUAACAUUGAAGGAUAUCAAAAGUGUUUCAUUGGAAAGAAUGUCUGAGGUUGAUUCCAUUCCUCAUCAGUUUACUGACCUAAUCAGCCAAGAUCAGUUUGAUUUCUUUCUUCUGUACCUGCUGAGCUAUUUCAACUGUUACUUUCACAAGAUGACACUGGAGAACAAGAAGAACCCAAUGUACAUUGAACCAAGCAUUUCAGAAAAGUUGGAGUAUGCGAAUGCAUGUGACCGUCUUACUGUGGCUCAAAAAUUGUUGGGAAGGGCGUACUGUGUCCUGGUAUUGGGACUAGGCUUACAAGAGCAGCAUCAUAUGGAAUGUGGGAGGUCCAGAGUUUCCAAGACUUACACUGAUCGCAGCCUGUUUGAAACAUUCUAUACCUACUGUACUUUUGUGGUGUGGAUCAAUUUUCGUAGAAAAGAAUUUGAUGCUGUAAAGAAAGAAAUCGGCAGAAUUUUACGCUCCAACACAUUUAAUCCAGCCAUCCGUAUCAAGUAUUCACCUGAAGAACCCAAAGAGACCGAUCCAUCAAAAACAGUCAAGAAAGUUGAUGAGGAAGGUGAAAAACAAAAACCAGAGGAACCGAAGCCAACGCCAGCGGAAUACAGACGCUUACACCCAAAAAGACCAGCAAUAAAAUCUAUCGUAAAUCAAAGAUCCCCAGCUAUUGUCUCAAUUAUUCCCUCACCAAAAGAGGAAGCAGCCUGGUUAUUCAAGAAACCACAGCUACAAAAAGACAACCCAGGUAUGAAGAAAGACAAUGAUGAGUUUGAAAACUUUGAUGAAAAAUAUUCAGAUCUAAUACUGGACAUCAACACAUUCAAGACUGGCAUCCUGGGAGAACCUUAUCACUUGUUCAACGCACAGACUCUGUCACCAUUGGGGGCAGAAAAUGAGGAGAAUGAAGUGGAGGAUGCAGAUAAAGGAAGUUCUGAAGGACGGGAAACAGAACUAAAAAGCCAAGUUUCAGAGCGAGGAAUUAGUCGUCAGCAAACAGCUAUUUCUCAUGCAACAACAGAGGCGUUCACGGAUGAUGAAUCCUAAGAUGUUACAUCUUGCCUACUUAUACUUCAUCGUCUUAUCUAUGUUUUUUAACCAUCACCCUUAUGCUUCAGUGGUCAAUCACUUGCUAAAUGAUUUUUCCAAAAUUUGAUUUUUUACUUAUUAUGGUUAUGUUUUGUACUGUGAUAUUUUGUAAAAAGUAUUUUACCUACAUUUUAAAAUAUACUUUUUGGAACAAAU